UUUUUUUUCUUUUUUUAUACAUUUUUCUUUAUAAUAAUCAUGUCAGAGAAACUGGAACAAGAUAAAGUUUCUCAUCACACAUACGACGAUGCCGAGUAUCAAGACGAUGUAGUUCACGGACCUGAGCCUACAGAACAAGAUCGUUUGGAACUUAGAGAAGUCCCUGAUAAGAUUCCCGCCACUGCAUACCUUGUCAUCAUCAUUGAGUUCUGUGAACGUUUCACCUACUACGGUCUUAGUGGUCCUUUCCAAAAUUAUAUCCAACAUCCUGCUCCUCCUAGUUAUCCUGCUGAACAAGCUGGUGCUAUGGGUAAAGGUCAACAAACUGCUACUGCUUUAACUACCUUUUUCCAAUUUUGGUGUUAUGUCACUCCUAUCAUUGGUGCCAUCAUUGCUGAUCAAUACCUCGGCAAAUAUCGUUCAAUUCUUCUCUUCGCUAUGAUCUAUCUCUGUGGUUUAAUCAUUUUAACUGCUACUGCUUCUCCUAUGGGUAUUGAAAGUGGUGCUGCUUUCCCCGGUUUCAUUGUCUCUAUUAUUAUUAUUGGUCUCGGUACUGGUGGUAUUAAAUCUAACGUCUCUCCUCUUGUUGCCGAACAAUAUACCAGUAAGACUGCCUAUGUCACCACUACUGCCAAGGGUGAACGUGUUAUUGUCUCCCCUCAAGCUACUUACCAAAAGAUUUUCACUUACUUCUACUGGGGUAUUAACAUUGGUUCUCUUUCUGCUAUUGCCACUACUGAAUUAGAAAAGAACGUUGGUUUCUGGCCCGCUUAUCUUUUACCCACUUUAAUGUUUAUUCCCGGUAUUUGUGUCCUCAUCUUCGGUCGUAAGCGUUAUGUUCAAAGUCCUCCUCGUGGCUCCGUCUUUGUUGAAGCUGGUAGACUCUUCUAUUAUUCUACUAAGGUUAAGGGUGGUUUGGAAGCUUGUAAGCCUUCUAACCUUGCUAUUGAUCACCCCGAACUCGCUCAAAAAGCUACUUGGGAUGAUGUCUUUGUUGAUGAAUUAAGACGUGCUCUUAAGGCUUGUAUCGUUUUCUGUUGGUAUCCUAUCUACUGGCUCAGUUACUCUCAAAUGUCCAACAAUCUUAUUUCUCAAGCUGGUACCAUGUGGACUGGUAACGUUCCCAACGAUAUUAUGCAAAACAUUGAUCCUCUUGUCUUGAUUAUCACUAUUCCUAUCAUGGAUCGUUAUGUCUACCCUCUUCUCCGUAAGUGGGGUAUUCCUAUGCGUCCCAUUUUCCGUAUCUCUCUCGGUUUCUUCUUUGGUGCUGUUGCCAUGGCUUACACCGCCGGUAUCCAAUCCAAGAUCUAUGCUGCUGCCCCCGAUCUUAUUUCCGCCGGUUACCAAAUUCCUUCUUACGUCUUCACUGCUUUUGCCGAAAUUUUCGCUUCCAUCACUGGUCUUGAAUAUGCUUACAAGAAGGCCCCUGAAUCCAUGAAGUCCAUUGUUAUGGCUAUUUUCUUGUUCACCAACUGUCUUGCUUCUUGUCUCGGUUUCGCUUUAGUUUCUGUUACUGUCGAUCCCAAGUUGACCUGGAUGUACACUGGUAUCUCUGUCACCUGUUUCAUCUGUAGUAUCUUGGUUUAUAUUUGCCAUCACAAGAAUGAUGAUAACGAUAUUGCCGAUGAUGCCAUUGGUCGUACACACAAGACUGAGAAGUACGAUCCUAAAGCCGUUGACCAGGAACUCGAAAAGGGUGCCUUGUAAAAACAACACAAAAAAAUAUUUAAUAACCUAUCUAUUAGUUUUCAACAGCAGGGCUGUUUAUAAAUUACACUUUUUAAUAAAUUCUUAAUCUUAAUAUAUCCUUUUCUUAACAAUAA